ACAAGCAACUCCCCUUCUUCUUCUCAAAAAUCUACAUAUAUGGAUACUGAUAUUAUACCUAAACAAGUUAGACAACUCAAAGAAACUAUCCCUCAAUCACCAAUUACAAAAACAACUACU